AUGAUCUUUCUGCAACUCUGGUGGACUUUAAUGGUCUUAACCGGUUCUAAUACGCUCACACCAAAGAGCGAGCAGUCCAAGGGUAGCGAUAAGUUGCGCAGCUUUCAUCAUGCUGUCAAUGAGGCACGCGAACAGUUGCAUGAACUGCACGCCAACUAUGGCAACGUGCAGGACUCGGAACUGUUCCGGCAUAGACGCAACAGCAUUGAUGAGCUGCUGGCGAGCUUUGCUCAGGCUGGCGAUAAGGAAGCUGUGCAGGACAAGGACGACAAGACGCUGCAACGUGCGGCAGAUGACUGGUUUCGGGAUUUCCAAGCGGGCGUUGCUCCAGCUGCAAAGCAUUCACGUUCCACGGGCCGAACCAAAGGUAAGACUUAUGUCAAUGAUUAUGGCAAAAUGCUGGAACAAACGGAGAUUGGCAAGGUGAAGAAGAAGUACAAGGAAUACCAUAUGGAAGGCAUGCCGCCUCUGUCUGCCCCAAUUGAGCAACAGCAGCCCAUGGAGCCGUUGACUGGAGGCGCCACACAGCUGGACAUCAAGCUGAAGCACGUGCAACAGCUGCUGGCCAACCAGGAAAUGGAGCAGCAGCACAGAGAUUACAAUCGUGAUCACAAGGAGCAUAAGGACAACCGAGAAAAGGAUGAAAAGUUGCCAGAAUUUGGCGACAACUCGGUGCCCGAUGGCAUCUAUGAGCAGACAUUGGCCAGACUCCAGAUAGCGCACAUGAAUCCCAACAAUCUGUCGCACGAGGCCAACUAUAAGCUGUCCAAGAUCGAGCAGGAGGCAGCCGAAAGAGCUGGAAAGAUGCGAUAUCCCAGCGGUCUACAAAAGCGCAGCUCCAGCGCCGGCUUCAAUCCCAUGAAUGAGAUUAAGCUCAAGACCAGCAAUCGAUUGAUGCGUAAGGGCAUGGGACCCUCAUUGCCCAGCAAUGCCUUGACGGAUAACAUACGGGCUCAUUAUGUGGAUGAUCUGCUGAUGCGACGGGAGCGGAAUAUGAAGCGGGAGCGAGAGCGACAGCAGCAGCAGCAGAAACUGCAGCAGGAGGAGACUGAGGAUGAAAAGAAUCCCUACGAUGAGCUCAACUCAGCAGCUGGCGGUUCGAGUUCUUUGAAUGCUCCUAGCAUGAACAUUCUAGAGACACCACAGAGCUAUGACUAUCGCUUGCCACAGUUUGAUCAGCUGCACACACUCAAUCAAAGGACAUUGCCCAAUAUGCGAGAUUUUGUGCAGGCUAAUACGAAAUUGAAUCAGAAGGCAGAACGCUUCAAGCGACAGCAGAAAGUCAAGGAGAGUGAAGUGUCCUUGGAGUCUGGAAAUGAUAUCAAAUUAGAAACUGAUGCAAAAGCCGAAGCUGAGGAGCAUCAGGAGGAAGUCAAACUGGAACUGGACACUGCAAAUGCUAACAAGUUAGAGAAUGCGGCCAGUGAGGAGUUGAAGACAGUUCAAACCCCUGAAGUUAAGUCGGAGAAACCGCUGGAGACAGCAGCACUUUCUCAGUCGAAACCACAGCAGGUUCGAGACCCGGAUCAGACGCCGCAAAACGAAGUCAAUUCGGAGUCAGCUGCACCUUCUGAGUCGAAACUACAGCAGGUUCGAGACCCAGAUCAGACGCCACAAAACGAAGUCAAUUCGGAGACAGCAGCACUUUCCGAGGUUCAGCAGGUUCGAGACCCAGAUCAGACGCCACAAAACGAAGUCAAUUCUGAGUCAGCAGCACUUUCUGAGUCGAAACCACAGCAGGUUCGAGACCCAGAUCAAGAGGAAAAUGAGUCAAUGCCAAAGACUGAAAGCAAGCUGAAAGCGGAGGAUUCAAAGUCCACUGCUCGUCUGGAGUCGCAUCCCGAUGCCGUUGUCAAGCUCUUGGCCAACAAGAUAUCGCAGCAAUCAAGCAUGGAGCGUGAUAAGCGCAACAUCAAACGCUGGACGUGGCACAGAUUCCAUCGCCAGAAGGGAAGUCAUGCAGCCAUGGAGGCGUCACAGCCGAAACGUCGCAGCAGACGCUCCGUGGAACCACAAGCAGCGGAAACCAGCAAAACGGCUGGCAAAUUAUUGGAUGACUUUGAGGAUCACAAUGGCAAUCGUGUGCCGUUUGGCAGUCUGGGCAAUGGCAUGUUAACGGUCGAUGCAAAUGAGGCAGAGGAGGUCGACUCACUGCCUUAUCCGCGUCAUCAGCUGCCGAAUAUUAGGGAUGAGGCAGAUGCAGCUGGACAUGUGGAUGGUCUCGUUGACUCCAAUACAUUUGCCAAUUCACGCUAUCAGCCUCUUUAUGGCAUGCAUCGAUAUUUGGGUCCCUUUAUGAAUAAAGUGGGCAAAGGGGGCGUGACUGUGGAUCCUUGUGUGACCACAACAGUCAGUCCCGAGUCGACAACAAUGAAUCCCGACUGUGUGCCGAUAACAAAACCAGAUUUAGCUGGAACAACAGGCGACUCCGGCGACUCGAGCAAUCCUUGUGCCAAUGCUGAUGCAGUCAAGUUAAAGAUAUCAAUGAAUGGCAACUUGUGCAGCGAUCCAAAGACGAAGCAGCUCUUUGGCAAUGGAUCGAUCAAUGUGCAGCCGAGCAGCCAGCGAAUGAAUGCCGAGGCGUACUACGAACUGGUAGAUGCCCUGGUCGAUGAGUCAGAGGCGGAUAUGGACAAUGAGCACCGUUAUACAAGGCAGGCAAAUCGUAGCAUAAACAGGGACAAAAACAAAGACAAAGACAAAGAAACUGAUACAGUUAACGAUACAGAUAUUGAGAAGACUAAAGAGAAGCGUAAGGAUAGAAAUAACGAUAUAGAUAGAGCAAAAGAAAAGGAAUGGACAAAGGACAAUCAUAAACGCAAAGUAAAAAAGUAUGGCAAGUCUGAUAAGAUAAAAAAUAUGGCUAAGAAAUCCAAAGGAGCCAAAAACAAUACUACUGCCAGUCGGGAUAUCGAUCGCAGUGAACCUGUCUCCGAUAGUUUUGAUAAACUGAUGACUGGCAAGGCUUCUGAGGAGAUUGUGCGUGCCGUGUUUGAAAUGGUUAGCAAUGAUCCGACCAUGGAUCCGUUACUAUCGGUUCUGGCCCGUAAUCGUAAAACUGCCUACAAGCGACCCAAGACAUUCUAUCAAAUCCGCAACGAUCGCAAUGAAGAGCACUUGCAGCAAACUGAGGAGAUGGUGAGGAAGACAAUGGAGUCGAUAAGCGAUAUCAUUGACACACAGAUGCGUCAACGAUCCUGCAUACCGCUGAGACCCGAUCUCGUCGAGUUCUAUGAUAUGAUUGUCAAGACAAUGGCCGAGCAGCAAAAGACGCGCGAGAAGCGUGAAGUGAAGCUCAGUCUACUCUCCGAAGAUUAUAAUCAGGAUGUGCGCAUCCUGGAUGCGAAUAACAUCGAGCAAAAGUCACGGAUUGUAAAGAAACUGUUGCGUCAAUACGACGAGCUGCCCCUGGAGGAGCAACGUAGGGCAGCCGCUGUCAGGGAUGAGCUCCUCAUGGAUCUCAUCUAUCUGCGCAAAAUGGCCGACACUCUGGAGCGCAGCCAACGGAAUGCCCAGCUCCAAGGGGUUCUAGGAAAGACCAGCGGCAACGAGGCUGCCGAUCAGCAAAUGUAUAGUGAGUAUACGCCCCGUUUCAUUAAGCUCCUCAAGACCGCAGAGAUCUUCAAGGAGGUGGGCGAACAACAAGCAAAGCAGUUUAUUGGAAUCUAAAGAAAUUCAUUAAUUUAUACUUUGAUUUUAUUUUACUUUUUUACUUCAAAAAGUUGGUUUGUUAUG